AUGUCCAUCAUCCAGAUCCCAGUCGCUGCUCCGGAGGGCGAGCAAAGUGCCAAACAGCCGCCCCAAGCAUCACGGGAAACUUUCGACGUCGAGAAGGCCCGUAGCAUCAUCAAUUCACGGCUAGAUGAACUCGACUUGUCACUUCAAAACCAAAUCAACAAAGUGCUGCAUGCCAACCCAGAGACCGCUUAUAAAGAAUACUUCGCUCACGAAACCAUCACCAAUUACCUCGAAAAGCAGGGCUUUACUGUCAAGAAGCGCACCUAUGGCCUCGAAACCAGUUUUGAGGCUGAAAUUGGUUCGGGCGGCCGCCAAGUUGUUGUGUGUGCCGAAUAUGACGCACUUCCCGAGAUUGGACACGCGUGUGGCCAUAAUCUCAUUGCAACAUCCUCCAUUGCGGCAUUCCUGGGAGCUGCCCAUGUUCUGUCGAGCUUUAAGAUUCCCGGUAGAUUGCGCAUUUUGGGUACCCCUGCGGAAGAGGGUGGUGGUGGUAAAGCAAAGCUCAUUGACGCCGGAGCCUUUAACCCACCUGAGGAUGUAGCAGCCGCUAUCAUGGCCCAUCCAACUGCAGCUCAUCAGGGCGGCAGUGGGAACGGAUCUUCAGGAUUGGCCGGGUUUAAGCUGAUUGCAAGUCACAAAUUUCGAGUCGAGUUCCGCGGUAAACCAGCCCACGCAGCCGGUGAGCCAUGGAAGGGGCUGAAUGCACUGGAUGCUGCCGUGGCAGCCUACAACAAUGUUGCCCUCCUGAGGCAACAGAUCCAAUCCGACGAGAGAAUUCAUGGCGUUAUCGAGGUCGGAGGCACCGUCCCAAAUGUAAUCACGGAUUACACCCGUAUGAACUGGAAUGUCCGGAGCCCAACCAUCGAUCGCGCCAAUACGCUUCUGAAAAGAGUCAAAGCGUGUUUAGAGGCAGGUGCAGCAGCAACUGGCUGCGAAAUCAGCUACAUUGUGGCGCCAACAUACAUGAAUUUACGUGCCAAUGACACACUCUGCAAGGCCUAUGUUGAGGACAUGGCGGCCAUCGGAGAGACAAUCCAGGUUCACCAAGAGAAAGCAUUCAAUGCAUCUACUGACAUGGGCAACGUUUCCCAUCUCGUGCCCAGUUUCCAUGGCGCAUUUGUGAUUCCAACAUCACCUGAUGUGGCGGGCCAUAAUCCUAAGUUCGCAGCAGCAGCAGCAACUGAUGAGGCACACAAGGCGGCUAUCAAGUGUGCCAAGGGUAUGGCAAUGCUCGCCAUCAGAGUCCUUACCGAAGACGAGAUCGCCCGAGGAGCGAGGACAGACUUCGCAACUCCCGAUGAAGAAUAG